UCCUAAUACGUUUAUUUUGAUGUUAUCAAAAUAAACCCAAUUGUAAUAGAAUGCAAUAGUGUAGGCCGGAAAUAUGCGGCAAGCCGGUGACUACACACGAUAGCGCGCCUCUUUUGUAAAAUGAUUUUGAGGUCAAUAACCGAAUGUUUCCCAGCAGGUCGGCAAAUAUCAAACAUAGGCGCAUCUCUUUGUAACCUACAUUGAGGUCACAAAGCCGAAUCUUUACCACGCGUGUUUUGUAAAUAUCAAUGAUAGGCGCGCUUUUGUAAUACAUAUCGGGGUCGCAAGGCAAGUGUUUCCCACGACGUGUAUUUUUACUAAUCAAUGGGUCAUUCUCAGCUAAUACUUCGUUUGAGUUGGUCGUGUUUUAUUGGACUCAGAAUUAUACAUGCUAAUUGUACACAGGUUGUCGCUGUUGAACUGACUGCACCGGUUAGUUUCUAUUAUCACUGGGUUUCACACCAAUACGCUGGAUAUUCGGAAUUGAACAGAGAGACAGCUACACGGGAUAUAAGGAUUAAACGGUGGAAAAGUUACACUGGAUAUCUGGAAUUAAACAGAGGAAGAGUUACACUGGAUAAUUGGAUCUAAAAAGAGAAAAUGUUACACUAGAUAUUUGGAAUUGAACAGAGGAGUAAUUGUAUUGGAUAGCUGGAAUUAAAUAUUGGAGGAAGUUACAUCGGAGCUCGGAUUGCGGCAUAGUCGUCUAACUAGCUCGUCUGUAUUGUGUGGACGACAAGAUGGGGAAGUCUAAGGCGUCUACGGGACGAAAGGGCAAAGGAAAGCGGAGAGAGCCAGCGCUUCAAAACAGUGACCCGAUCAGGGGGACAACGCCAGCUCCACAUUCUCGAGUGACGAGACGCGGCUCGAGGAGUAACCCAGCCGCUUCGGCAGGGCGGGAGCGCCAAGGAGACCAGACUCCGACGGGGGGGGGCCAACAUCACAGAAUCCCUAGAAACGGCGAAUCAACCGUCUAUUGUCCAUCCUCCACCCGGUGCCCAGGCUCACCGGGUUUGGGUGUGCGGAGACAUUCUCGUGAGGCGAGCUGGUGAGCGGGCGUUUACCAGAGGCUGUCGAGACCUGGGAAUCGCUGGUUGUGAGGUGGCAUGGCACGGGCGAGGAGGGGCGUCGCUAUACGCGGUUUCCCGCGUCAACAGGGCCAA